AUGUCAACCUUGCAGCGCAAAAGAGGUCAUUUGAGGAUGCGCCUCACGAUGCUAAAAAACUUUUUAAUAAACACGCUGCCCACGCGGUUUCCCGAAGAUUAUGAAACAACACAAUCUAUCCCUCUGUUACUUCGGAUAGAAAUAGAAGGUCGCAUGCUCAAGACAAAUAAUAUAAUUAACGAAUUUUAUGAAGCUCAGGAUGCCAUCGAAGAGGCGGGCGAGGGCAUGGACGAUGUAGAGGAAUUAAAAAACCGUGAGGAAUUCGAAAACGAAUUUUUCGCAGUUAUGGCUCACGCACAAGAAAUAUUAUCGCGCGGACAAGCUAGGGAAUCUGCAAAUCAAAAUAUUCAAUCACAACAUAACGUUACAGGUAUGAUUCCUCCAUUUCAGGCUUCCAUUGUCUCGUCUAAGCCUCUUGGCGUAAAACUGCCUACUAUUAAGCUGCCAAAAUUCAACGGUGAAUUUGAAUCGUGGUUGGGAUUCCGUGACACCUUCAAAUCUCUAAUACACGAUAAUCACGCAAUUGGAGACGUACAGAAGUUUCAUUAUUUAAAGGCGUCGGUAGUGGGUGAAGCAGAGGAGGUUAUAGGGCUUUCUGACACAAAUUACGCAAUCGCAUGGAACGCGCUUCGAGAAAGGUAUGACAAUCAAAGGCAAUUAAUUCACAAUCACGUGAAAGCAUUGUACAAUAUACAGCCAAUCGCAAAGGAAUCAUCCGCAAAACUUUUAGCAAUCAUUGACGAAGUCACAAAGCAUUUACGUGCAUUAAAGAUUCUAAACGAGCCCACAGAGCAUUGGGAUUCUUUAGUAAUUUAUCAUAUUCACACGAAACUAGAUAGAAAUACUUCCAAUGAAUGGGAGAAACACAAAUUAGCCUUGAAAUCCAAGCCAUCGCUUACAGAUUUAAAUAGUUUUUUAAGAGAUCGCGCUCAGAUUGUAAAAAACAUGGAAUCGCAAUCUAAAUCGGAUAGUAAAGAUAUCAAAAUUGCGAAAGUCGCGACGGCCAAGUCCAAAUCUUUUCACUCUCAAAAAUCCGCAUGCGUAAUAUGUAAGGGAGAGCAUUACAUACAAAAUUGUAGCACAUUUCUAGAACUUACACUGUUAGAGAGAUUAAACAAGGCCAAAUUAACUAAGAUUUGUCUCAAUUGUUUAAGAAAGGGACACGCGACUAAAGAUUGUUUCUCGGGCUCCUGCAGAAAAUGUAACGCCAAACAUAAUACGCUGCUGCACUUUGACAAAAAUGAAAAUAGCGAUUCGAGCAAAGUUGUUAAAUCUAUGUGUGCGUCAUCUCGUAAUAAUAUCAAUGUCAUCUUAGCUACAGCUAUAACAACGUCUAAAGGACCCCAGGGAUCAAUACAAAUAAGAGCAACACUUGAUUCUUGUUCCCAAUCGAGUUUCAUAUCAAAUCGCUUGUGUGACGAGCUGGGUCUAAAGAAAAUUCCAGCAAAUCAUUACUUAGAUACUUUAAAUUGUAAAAGAUCUAUAAUUAAACAUACGUGCUCAGUAACUUUAUCGUCCCUACGCCGCGAUUUCGAGUUUCGAAUAAAUUGUCUAGUAUUAGAUGAAAUCGAACAGCAAAUGCCAGCUGAACCCAUUGAAUUGCAGCACUUAAAAUUUCCAAAGCAUUUACCUUUAGCAGACCCCUCAUUUCAUAUACCUGGCAAGGUCGAUCUGCUGAUCGGAGGCGAGUGGUUUUGGAGACUAUUAUGCAUAGGCAAUGUUAAAUCGUCUAGCAAUAUCGACAUGCAAUUAAAAAAAUUUUGGGAAUUGGAAUCAAUUGACGACAAGGUACAAACAAGCCAAGAAGAAAACAGUUGCGAACAACAUUUCAGUCAAACCCAUAAACGGGAUACGAACGGGCGUUUUAUAGUAUCAAUCCCAUUUAAAAUAGAUCCGAAACAACUCGGAGAAUCGCGAAGCGUCGCAGUACGGCGAUUAAUUUCAUUAGAGAAACGAUUUCUUAAAGACAAAUCCUUUAGGGUGAACUAUUGCGCAUUCAUGCGGGAAUAUGAAGCACUCGGUCACAUGACUAGUAUUCAGGAAACAUCGCAUGAUCACCCUACGUUUUACAUGCCGCACCACGGUGUGCUUCGGCCGACCAGUACGUCCACCAAGUUGCGCGUGGUAUUCGACGGUUCAUUAAAGUCAGACAGUGGAUUAUCGUUGAAUGACUGUCAAUACGUAGGUCCGGUCGUGCAAGACGAGCUCUUCUCCAUACUCAUUCGUUUUAGACAAUACCCGUAUGUUGUAUGCGCGGAUAUACAAAAAAUGUACCGCCAGAUACUUGUUUCCUCUAGCGAUCGUCCAUUACAGCGCAUACUUUGGCGAGCAGACCCAAAAGAGGAGAUAAAGGUUUGUGAAUUAAACACGUUAACGUACGGUACAUCGUCGGCAUCUUACUUGGCCAUUCGAUCGCUAAUGCAACUCGCAAAAGAGUGUGAACAAUCCCUGCCUGACGUCGCCAGGAUCAUUCGUACCGAUUUUUAUGUAGAUGAUCUGUUGACUAGUUUCAAUGAUAUUGAGGAAGCAAAAGUAGUUAUUCGAAAUUUGCGUGACGUGUUAACGUCAGGCUGCCUACCAUUAGCAAAAUGGGCUUCCAACGAAUCUUCAAUCAUAUCAGAUGUCGUAGGUAAGGAGGAUAAGUUAUCCAUAAUACCGCUGGGUGAAAACAAUGCGCAUAAACUCUAG